CGAGUGAAAUCACAGCCAUGGCCACGAUGCGCAUACCCAAGCAGAAGGUGAUCCUGUGCGGCGACUACGGCGUGGGCAAGAGCUCCCUGUUCCGGCGAUUCGCCACCAACACCUUCGUCACGGAUACGGAUAGGAAAUCCACGCUGGGAUUGGACCACAUCGAUAGGGAAUACAGCGUUAAUGAGAAGCAGAUCAAGCUCCAACUCUGGGACACUGGCGGCAUGGAGCGCGUGGCCUCGGUGACCUCGUCUUACUACAAAUUCGCCGAGGGAGCCAUUUUGGUCUUCGCCCUGGACAACGCCGCCUCGUUCCACUCACUGUCACAGCACCUACUCGACAUUGUGACCUAUGCGGAGAACGCCAAGAUCUUCAUCUGCGGCAACAAGAGCGAUCUGGAGGGCAGGGAGCCGGAGGUGAGCGACGAGGAGGUGGAGGCCUUCUGCGAGCAGUGCCACUCGCUGAUCAGUGCCACCUACAAGACGUCCUGUCGCAGUGGCGCCGGCGUGGAGGAAAUGUUCCGGGACAUCUCCAGGCAGCUGGUCCAGGCCAAUCGCUCCAAGAUGGAGCUGCAGGCCCUGGAGCACAAGAGCUUCCAGGUGGACACCGCCGGCGGCGGCGGCGGCAGCGGGGCCAUCAACGAGGAGGACGCCUCCUCCUGCGGCUGCUAGCAGUUGGGGAACAUUGAGUUCGGCUAGGCACCUCCGAUCCUCGCCAGACUCAAUGACCGCCCAUGCAGAGAUGCAUUUUUACUGUUUUUAUUUUAUUUAUUAACAGUUCUCGGCUAUGUUUAUAAUUUUAGAUACACUUUCGUUUCGAAUUAAUGCGAAGAAUACGUCCCGAAUGCGAACACGAGUCAUAGAGUAGGAUAAGUUACUAUUAACCAGGCGCCAAACAUUAACCACUUAGACUUUGUACACGUAAAUUGGGAUGGGAAUAGAUAAAAGUCGUAGAAAAAGCAUUAAAUUAAAGGGUAAUACGAAUGAAAGGUUCUCUCCUACGACUUAUGGUAAUACCCCCAUCCUAUCGUAUAUAGAUUAGUGCUUUCUUCCACAGAAUAUAUCUCGUAAAGAUAAAAUAUGCUAAACAAUAAAUAAUCAACUCACGAAUUUGGAAUGGCUAGGCUUCGGCUAGA